GGGAUCAGAAUACGGCCACGGUAUCCCCUGCCUGUCGUAAGAGGCGACUAAAAGGGGGUUCUAAUCAGUUCUAAUGGAGCGAGCGAGGCAGUAUGAUGUAAAAGUAAGGAUAAGAAACAGAAUAAAAAAUACGGCGAAUGUGUGAAGUAACGUACGGCGCGAAUGAGAAGAUAUUUGAAAAAUGGCGCGAAUAUGCAUUGACGGGAUAUAGGACGGGUUUUCCCGCGCAUGGGACGGUUUUCCUGUGCAUGCGCGAGUUUUGCAGGGACGUGUCUAUGUGGUGGCGCAACUACGGACUAAGCCCUAGUCACUAGUCAGUUUUGUUUACAAUUAUUUUAGUACUCGUCCCUUUCCUAUACCCCCGAAAAGAGAAAAGUGUGAAUUAUGUAUAUAUGUUAUACAUUCAUUUUUCACAAUCACAUCAUAACAAUUUUUGCAAAAUUAUGCAGGGUGAUUAAGGUACCCCAUUUUAUUGAAACUUGUACUGUACUGAUGUUCAAAUCGCCGCGCAUGCGCGAGAAACGGCGUCCUUUUUUUUGCGUAUCUCUGCGUACACGCGCGUGGUUGAUAAUUUUCGGUGAGUUAAAUGGGGAAACUUGAAGUGAAGUGGGAGGAUUUUCCCAUAACGAACCCAUGUUAAUGAGGCCCAUUAGAAAUUUAUAGGAAAUUAACUUUCCGACAAGGUUGCGCGCUCAUAUCAGAGGACGCCACACUAGCAAAUCCCUACAGUCAACCGCAACAAUGAGCUCAUCAGUCAGUCGUCGUACAAAUCUAAAGAUAUCGGCAGGAGCCUUAGUAUGCGAGGAAAGUAUUUUAAAGGGAGACAUCACUAUUGGACCAAAAACUGUGAUUCACCCAAGAGCAAGUAUCAUUGCAGAAGCUGGCCCAAUUAUCAUCGGCGAAGGGAAUAUUAUUGAGGAAAUGGCAACUAUAACAAACAGAUUACCAGCAGAUGCUCCAGAGUUAACAACAGUUCGAGUGCAAAUAAUAGGUAAUUAUAAUGUAUUUGAAACAGAUUGUACCUGUGAGGCAUUUAAAGUUGGAGACAACAAUAUUCUGGAGAGCAAAGCACAUGUUGCUCGUGAAGUUGAGCUAACAAAUGGUUGUGUUAUUGGAGCAUCAUGCUCGUUAACAGAAUCAGAAACAAUUCCCGAAAAUACCAUAGUUUAUGGUAGCCAAUGUCAACGCAGGGAGAUGUAUGAUAAACCAUUUCCUCAAAUAGGUCAGUUGGAAUUCUUAUUAAAAAUCCUACCAAAUUAUCACCAUCUUCGUAAGCCUAAUGUAAAAGCAACUAAAAGUGAAGGGGGCUCAUAAUUUUUAUUUAGUCAGUUAACUGACUGCUGUGAAAUUUAUUUACGAACACGAUAAAUUAACAAAUACUAAUAAUUUCGUAUUUGAAAAGAUAUUUAAUAAAACAUACAUAAGUUAAAUAGA